GCAGGCGGCCGUAACUUAAUGCAGUGUUCCGACGUUUGUGCUUCCGACAGCGGGAGAGACGAAGUAGUGUCAGCCGUUGCUUUCAGCACUUUAAACUGCCGGGUUGGCUUUAACAACUGUCAGAUUACUCAGCGAUAUAGAAUUUGACUCCAUUUGUGUACACCUGACUUUUAACAAUGCCUAGGGGCGGGAAAAGGGGCCACAAGGGCAGAGGGAAGCAGUUUAGCAACCCAGAUGAGAUUGACAGACAGAUGAAAGCGCAGAAAGAGUUGGAGGAAAACCCUAAUGCAGAGAAGGAGGCCUCUGGCGAUUCUGACGAUGAGAGCAGCAGUGAUGACGAUUCUGAUUCCAGGAAAAGAAGUGGCGUGGAGGGGCUUAUCGAAAUUGAGAAUCCCAACCGCGUGUCACAGAAGAGCAAGAAGGUGGCUGAGGUAGACGUCAGUGCUCCCAGAGAGCUGUCUCGCAGGGAACGAGAGGAGAUCGAGAAGCAGAAAUCCAAGGAACGCUACAUGAAGCUCCACCUCGAGGGGAAGACUGAGCAGGCCAGGGCCGACCUGGCCAGACUGGCUAUUAUAAAGAAACAGAGGGAGGAUGCUGCCAAGAAGAGGGAUGAACUCAGGAAAGAUGCCGACGAUGCCAAAGCAAAGCGUUAGUCCUCCACCUGAAAGCUUCGACAUGCACUUCGGUCUCAGAGGGAUGGAGAGAGAGAGAAGGAAGGAGAUCUGGAGGAGGACAACAGGGAGGGGGGACCAAAAUGAAUGGCAUCAGAUCAGGGGUGAUCCUGACCUCCUGUCCGUCAUUUCAAACCAGAGGGGCGAGGUUCUUCCAUAACAGAGUGGUCACGACGGGGAUAAACGGGUGAAUGAAAGGGAGUCGAAGAGGACUGCAACAUUUGGGAUGCCUCUAGUUUUCUUCCUCAAGAGGAGACGGUCGCAGGUUUUCCAAGUGCUUCACUGCCUCUUUGCUCCUCCCCAUCCACCGGGGUUUUAAUUCUGAAGCUGCUGAAGUUAUUUCUAUUUUUUUUUUUUUUCCAUAGAUUCAAACAUUUGUACACAGUUACCUAAUACAACUUUACUUAAGGACUGGUCGGCGGUCAGUGAGCGUGCAUGGGGAUGUCUUUGGGUGCUUUGCUUUUUCCUCCAUCUCACCAGAUUUUAUAAGAUGGCAAAACAGUGACAGAUGGAGAAAAAGAGAACUAUUCAGAGGAUAAACUGAUGUAUACAAAUUAUAUGAUGUAAUUUACUAUUUGUGGAUAUGUUACACAAGACAUUGAUAUAAUCCCCCCCCCCCCCCCAGCGUCCAAACAUGACGUUUUCAUCACAGCGGUUUCGGAUCCACUUUUUUUUAAAUCUACAGAUGUAUAGUUGCAAGAAUAAGCUUCUCCCCCAGCACAACAUGUCAAGAAUAUAUUGAGAUUCUUUUGCUUUUCUGUGGAAUGGAAUUUCAUUUUUCUCUCCAAAUUUACACUUUACUCACUUGAAUCAUCUUAUUGCUGUCAGUUCAAAAGUGUUUCAGAAUGUGUUUUGUAAUCCUCUGCUCGGAGCACUCGGAAUAUUACUUGAAUUGCCUUUAAUAAGCAUUUUUAAGUUGUUGAAUAUCAGUGUUGGAAAAGCGUUGCUCCAAAGCGCCUCAGUACCUGUGGCCUGCCUUCUUUCUGAUGGGGUCCUCUGUGGUUCUAAAGGAGGGAUUGUGUCUUUUGUUGCCUUUACAAAGUUUACACAAGACCAGUUUACUGUCUUACUCCUGUGAUUAAAGUCCUACAAAGAACCUG